AUGUUUGGUUUUGGUGACAAGAAAAGCCAGGAGGUAUCUCCCAAUGGCUCAACCGUCGACGCAGAAACCGGCUUCAAAAACGAAACCAACAAUUUCUACGAUCCAAAUAUCCCUCAUGGCGCAACCACGGAACGCGAUGAUCUUAACAUCGUCUGCCCUUCACACACCACCGAGAAGGCUCUCAUGCGCAAGAUCGAUUUCCGCGUGAUUCCAUUCCUCUGCGUACUGUACCUACUUGCAUUCCUCGACCGAGUCAACAUCGCAAAUGCAAAGUCCUUUGGUCUGCAACAAGAUCUCGACCUGAAACUCCUCGAAUAUAACACGGCGCUCACAAUCUUCUUCGUACCAUACAUCGUGUUCGAGAUCCCGUCUAAUGUCCUGCUCAAGAAAUUGAGCCCGAGAAUCUGGUUGAGCGGCUGUAUGUUCAUGUUUGGCCUCGCCGCUAUCUGCCAGGGUCUUGUGCAUAAUUAUGCUGGGCUACUUGCUUGUCGGUUCUUCUUGGGUGUUUUUGAGGCAGGAAUGUUCCCUGGUUGCUUUUACUUGAUCGGCAUGUGGUAUAAGCGAAGCGAGGCACAGAGACGAUACUCGUUCUUCUUCAGCAGUACGACGCUUGCUGGUGCAUUUGGAGGUCUCCUUGCCUCUGCUAUUGGCAAGAUGGAUCAUCUGAGAGGCUACAGAGGAUGGAGAUGGAUUUUCAUCCUUGAAGGUGUUCUUACAUGCGUCGUCGCCCUGGCCUUCUUCUUCUGCAUCCCCUCUUUCCCUGAAGACGCCAAAUGGCUAUCCGCCUCAGAACGCACUUACGUCAAAGCCCGUCUCCAAGCAGACCAAGGCCGCUCAGCAGCCGAGCGAAAGAUAACCGUCCGCGACAUCGGCCGUGUUUUCAAAGACUUCAAAGUCAUCCUCGGAGGCUUCAUGUACUUCGGGAUGAUCGUGCCCGCAUACGGAUACGCCUUUUUUGCGCCAGGCAUUAUCUCCACGUAUGGAUAUUCACCCAUCCAAACACAGCUCCAUAGCGUUCCUCCCUGGGCAUGUGCUUUUGGUUUCGCAAUGUUCAUAGCCUUCUGCUCUGAUUUUACCAAACACCGCUUCGCAUUCACGCUCAUCCCCAUCUCCAUCGCUAUCGCAGGCUUUAGCAUCCUGAUUUCCGUCCACGAUAACGUGAACGUCAAAUACGCUGGUCUGUUCCUCGUCGCCAUGGGCGCUUACUCCGCUAUGCCCGUCAUAGUCUGCUGGUUCAACAUGAAUCUAGGCGGGCAUCACCGACGCGCUGUGGGAACGGCGUGGCAAGUUGGCUUUGGAAAUAUUGGUGGUAUCAUCGCAACGUAUGCGUUCUUGCCGGAUGAUGCGCCGAGAUACAAGAAGGGAUAUAGUAUUUGUCUUGGAUUCCUGUGUUUGAGCGCGUUUAGUUGCUGUCUUUAUGCGGCGGCGGUUUGGUCGCAGAAUAGAGCGAGGGAUAAGGCGCCUACGGAUUUGAGUUUGACCGAGUAUGAGAAGACUGAAUUGGGUGUAAGUUCUUCCCGAUCGUCACUGUUUCCAAUUGUUGUCUCGCUUGGGAAGCGAGACCUUCGAAGCGAGAGUUUCGUUUCGUUACCAAAAGAUUUGAAUGCUGACAAUUUUCGUGAUAGGAUAUGA